AUGCUGAAUGGACCCGACCCGAUGCGACUCGUCGAUCCGCGGCACCUCCCGCAACUGAUGUCCCUGGAGGACCAUGAGCCCACCAUGGAAGGGACCCUGGAGCCCCGCAACUCCACGCCGGCUGGGGGGCAGGAGGGGGCUCCGGGCCAGCAGCACCACUCCUUCCCCUGGGUGGCCACCGUGUUGGCCGGCGUCCUGAUCACAACCAUCGUGGUGGAUGUUAUCGGGAACCUGCUGGUCAUCGUGUCCGUGUUCAGGAACAAGAAACUCAGGAAAGCAGGAAAUGCCUUCGUGGUGAGCCUGGCCCUCGCUGACCUGGUGGUUGCCAUCUAUCCGUACCCUCUGGUCCUGACAGCUAUUUUCCACAACGGCUGGAUCGCAGGCUACAUCCACUGCCAGAUCAGUGGCUUCCUCAUGGGCCUCAGCGUCAUUGGCUCCAUCUUCAACAUCACCGGGAUCGCCAUCAACCGCUACUGCUACAUCUGCCACAACCUCAAAUACGACAAACUGUUCUCCAACAGCAACACCAUGUGCUACGUCAUGCUCGUGUGGAUGCUCACCAUCCUCGCCAUCGUGCCCAACUGGUUUGUGGAGUCCUUGCAGUACGACCCGCGGGUUUAUUCCUGCACGUUUGCACAGUCGGUCAGCUCGCUGUACACCAUCACUGUGGUGGUGGUGCACUUCAUCAUGCCCAUUUCCAUCGUCACCUACUGCUACCUGCGCAUCUGGAUUCUGGUGAUCCAGGUAAGGCGGAGAGUCAAGCCAGACUCACGACCCAAAAUCAAGCCGCACGACCUCCGCAACUUCCUGACCAUGUUCGUGGUUUUUGUGCUCUUCGCCGUGUGUUGGGCACCGCUGAAUCUGAUCGGCCUGGCCGUGGCGCUGGACUCCAGGCUGAGCAGGAACAUACCGGAGUGGCUGUUCACGGCCAGCUACUUCAUGGCCUACUUCAACAGCUGCCUCAACGCCGUCAUCUACGGCGUCCUGAACCACAACUUCAGGAAGGAGUACAAAAGGAUUGUCCUGAUUAUUUUCAAGUUCCACUGCUGAGAUGAAACAUGGAACAUAAUCGCAAUGAAAAAUGGUUCAUUUUUAACUUUUGUGACGAGAAAACACAAAUAAAAAGCCAUGAGCAAAGGAAACGAGAAAAAAAAAUGGGAGAAAUGA